UUCGUCUCUAAAUUGGGUGGGCAUGUUUGUUUCUAGGCUUGUGAGUCCACUGGCCUUUCGUCUUGAUUUUGUUAAUGGGCUUUUCUCCUAUUUUUUAGUCAAGGUUUAUAAACAAAAUAUACUUUUUCCAACUGAAACCCCAUUCUUUUCAACCCUGGUUCAUACCCACUCUCUUGGUCAAAUAAUUUACUUAAAAUUCCUUUUUAAAGGUACACUUCCAUUCAAUGUUGAAUUUCGUUAUUAUGAUUACAAAGAAUGGUAUCCAGAAUUAUGGAAAGACAGAGAGGAUGAAACAACAAAACUUAGUGGAGAUGAAGAACUUCCAAAAAGAAAUGUUUCUGUAGACGAUGUUUAUCAAAAUCCAGAUAUUGUAUUUCCAGUACAUAAUAGAGAUGUUAAUACAAAAUGGGAUGAAUGGUGGAUGAGACAAGAAAAAUUUACUAGAAAGGGACGUUAA